GUGUUCCUGGAGUGGCGACGAAGGUACAGUCAGCGAACAAUGGAGCCUGGGGCUGAUUGGCCGAUAUCGGUUGCGAGAAGCCAUCGGAUUCGGUGUUUUACUGCUAAAGCUGAGAUGAGAUGCUUGCCAGUUGGUAGUGAGCCUUCUGCCAAUACGUUCGAAAGAUUUCUUCUCCGGCAGCAGCUCCUUCCACAUCGUUUCUUCAUCCGAGCCUGUGUGAUUGAGGCGUCUCGACUGAGUUCUCGCCAAGCACAACGCUAUUCAUUCAUCGGCCCAAGUUCAGCUCACGCUGCAGGAGUGAGGCUCUAAGUCUAAACUCGGACAGCAUUACGGAGCAGGGUAGGUUACAAUCUGGAAGACGCGAAGCUUCCAAGCGUAUCAGAAGCAGUCGGCGAAAAAAAACUGAAGUGAGUCCUGACCUGGGUCGUAAAUCGUAAUGAUCAGGGUGGUGGAUUGUCGCUCUGGUCGUCUGCACCAAGCGGUCAGCCUUGAGCGCAGAACACAGUGUCGCACGCUCUCUGCACUUGUCCUUUACUUGAUUGUGCUAAGCGCAUUUGGUGUUCGUAUGCUCCACGCUAGUACUAGUAGUGGCGGUGGUAAACUCAGCUGGUCAGGCGAGGGAGACCUGCGAGAGAAAAUCCUCCCCGACCAACUAAUACCUGUGACACUGGCCUCGAAUGAUCCGUAUUUUCCGUGGAGCAGUGACCAAGGCUUGUUUUCAAUGGUGAACAGAAAACCAUUGCACAGCUGGGUGAAGUACCCACGCCGGACAAUGACCCUCAGCAUACCUGCCCUGGACAUAACAGACAACGAAGCUAUCGUCGCCCCGCUCCUGUCCAGAGACGCGAGAACCGGCGAUACACAGCUGACCAUGCAGCUCUUCCCUGUUCACCCAAACCCAGACUUGUGCGGUGUGGCAACCUGGCUGAACCACACCAAGCACUGUGCGGACGUCGACGUUCCCUGUAGCCUAGCAACGACGGACGGUGGCGAGCAGGUGAAGGUGGUGGUAUCGCCGUCCGGCCGAGAGAUGCUGCUGUUCGGUCUCCAGCGACGCGAUACCGGCACUGACGCGGUGUACAUGUGGAGAGACGGCGACCUAGUCCACGUCGACAUAAGCAGCGCCACACCCGCGGUUGCCAUGACGAUCCAGUCGACUGUCGUUGUAGCCGUGCCGUCUGAUGAUAGUCACGCCGCUCGCAUUGCCGGGCAACAAACACAGCCGUUCUCAAUUAUCGGCCUCUACAAUGAACCGGGAAAGCCGGACAAGCACAUGUGGAGCUUAGAGUUCAGCAGCAGCAGCAACGACACCAGCGCAGCCCGGUGGUCUCAAAUAGUGCUAAGUGCCGCGGCAUGGCCGCCUGCUGAGGACAAUGUCGAUCUUUUCUACAUUGAAACUGGCAGCAGGAAGCGGCAGGUGGCGUGGGUUGCUCGCGGCAACACGAACCACGCGUGCUCCAUAUGGUACUACAAUGUCAAGUAUUCCGAGUGGGGACUGAGAGAGGACUUUCCGGCCGAGUGUCGCGAGUCCCGCGAGCACAUGAUGUUCAUCUCGACCUACCUGCAGAGCCAUCAGCUGCUUGUGACGGCAAGCUGGCCCAACCCACAGAGCCUGAACAGUAUGCUUUCAAGCCAUGGCAUGACGUUACCUAGUCACGACAGUAGCACACUCACGGCACGUGUGUACACGAAGAGCUACGGCUUCAAUGCCUUCGUCGACAGCUGGCAAGCGCUGGAAACGCCCGAAGACCAAAUCCGCCGCGCCGAAGUGAUGCAGUUGGUGGCGGGCAGCAAACACAUCUUUGUGCUGGACCUGGCUGCACCGUUCGUACGCAGCCUUUACAUCCAGAAGUCGCUCAUCACCGAGUCCGGGCCGCAAAUCCACUCCAACCCACUGCACAAGCCCAUUGACUUUUCCCGAUCGGUGAUCAGCAGCAAAGCAUUGGCGGACCGGAAUUGGGCACAGGGAACACAGAUAUUCCAGUCACCUCUGCAUGCCGCCUCGACUCUGGAAGGUUCGCAGACCCGCGUGAUGAUCGGCGACUCGGCGUGGAAUAAUGACCACCAGCCCGACACGCCGCUGGUUGAGUAUCGCUUUCAGAGUGACGCACGGCUGAGCCAGCCGGAUGAGCACAGCGCCGCAAGGCCUACCCCUGCCAUGCUGCCGUUCAGCAUGCAUAUCCUUCAGGCGGAGGGCAAGCUGCAGACGAACGCCAGCCUGCUGCGGGGACGGCUGUUUAUGCAGAUGCCGGGUAACGGUGGUUGCCAUGCGGCAGUGCAUGGCGGCAUGGAAGGCAGCAGGGCGGUGUCUACACUGCUGUGCUACGAUGCCUGCCGUGGCCAGUGGUCAGACGCUCGCUUGGAGCGUGCCCUGCAGCCUGUGGGGCGUACUGGCCAUGCCGGCUUUGCCCGCAACGCUACUGCGUUCGUGAUGUUUGGCGGCAUGGUGCCGCAGAGCGGCUCCACGCACAGCCUGAACGACACGUGGCAGUUUGUGUUCUCGGACAUUGGCACGUGCACGGGACGUUGGCAGCGUAUGACUCCGGGCAAGGACAGUGCCCAUCUCCAAUCGGUGGCCAGUCCCAGUGUAACGCGCGUUCAGAAUCGGUGGCUCGUGUUCGGCGGUAUCCGCGCCUCUGAACCGACCCCGUCGCAGAUCUCCACCGGGCCCGAUGCAUUCUUCGAGAUCUCUGUGGACUCGACAACACCGACGUACCAUAUAAGAUGCGUGCGGGGACAAUUUCCUCCAGGUCGAGUUGGGCACAGUCUAAUCAGCCAUGGCAAUGAUCUUCUCCUUCUUCACGGCGGUGUGGACUCAACUGGCCCAGCGACGGACACCAUCAUUAUGUUCUACAAUACAGAUCCUCAUGGAAGGUUUGCAAUUCGCAAGACACGACCACUGUUCAGGCACACCGGCUACGUAGGAUUGACGACCGUUCCUGUGAGGUCGGGAAAUCUCUUCCUGGCGUCGUGGGUGAUCGCCGAGAACAACUCCGCGGGCUACGCGGCCACGUUUCUCUCCGACGACACAUGCCCGGCCGGCCACCAGCGAGCGAACGCCACGUGCGCCGAGUGCCCCAUGCACACGUGGGGACCGGACGGGCGCCACUGCAUAGCGUGUCCCAAGUCCACGGUCACCACCGGCAACGCCAGCACCUCGUCGGACGACUGCACGGCGUGUGUGGACGGCUAUUGCCACGGCAACGGCGUGUGCAACGUGUCGACCGGCGCCGAGCCAAUGUGCGCCUGCCAUGUCGGCUACGACCAACGUGAUAACUGCCUCGUGCCCUACUAUUUCAUUGCGGCCGGCAUGGGCGUACUAAUCGCCGCCAUCACCACCUCCAUAGCCAUCAGCAUAUUCGUCAGGCGCCGUCGGCAGGCCAGAGAGCUGCGGCGAAAGCUGCGCGCUUCCUCCAAGCAAAUCUCCAAGAUGAUGGCCAUCUGGAAGAUCGAGUGGAGUCAGAUUCGGCCGCGGCGCCUGGUGGCGCAGGGCGGCUGCGGUGAAGUGUGGCUGGCGGAGCUGAGCGACACGCUCGUCACCGUCAAGAAGCUGCAAAGACACUGGCUGGCCGACGAACGCUCAGUGCAGGAGUUCCAACGCGAGGCCGAGCUGAUGAAGCAGCACCGGCAUCCCAACAUCGUGCUGUUCCUGGGCGCCGGCGUUGACCCGAAGAACGAGCUGUUCCUGGUGAUGGAGUAUGCUAAGCGUGGCUCGCUCAAGUCGUUGCUGGUGGACGAGAGCGUAGCCAUCAGCCAUGCAGAUCGCCUUCGCUUCAUGCUGGAUGCGGCUAAGGGUAUGGAGUACUUGCACGGCCUGCAUCCACCAGUUGUACACCUUGACCUGAAGUGCUCCAAUCUGCUGGUGACCGAGCGCUGGGUGGUCAAGGUGGCUGAUUUCGGCACGGCACGCCUGAUGUCGCACCUGAACCAGCAUGACAUCGCCGAUAGCGGGGGCCACACGCUGGCCUGUAGCACGGACGCGGUGAACGAGGGCAGUCCACUGCUGCAGCAGCACAACCAGCGACAGCAGUACGGCGAUGGAGAGGUGACCAGCAUGGUCGGUACAUCUGUGUAUCGGUCACCGGAGAUUUGGAGCUGCCAAACGUAUGGAACAAGCGCCGAUGUUUACAGCUUUGGACUCGUUCUCUGGGAGGCGUACACGCGCCGAGCUCCGUUCGGUGAGCAGCAGUACCGCUUCCAGCACGUCCUGUGCGACGCUGUGCUGGCCGGGGAGAGACCGUGCUUACCGGAUGGCAUGCCUGGUGACUACUCAGACCUGAUCAAGAACUGCUGGCAGGCCAACGCCACUGAACGGCCACACUUCUCAGACAUCGUCCGGCGACUUGAUCAGCAGCUAGUCAGGUGGUGUUAGCUGCCUAGCGGGUCAAACGAAAUCGGACGCCAAGCUGUGUGCAUUGCAGCAAUACCGGUGUAGUGUUAUUAAGCCAUACCGGUACUCGCAGUUCACUGGGCGACUUCUACUACAGAACACACGACCAAUCAUUGAGCACUACUACUUUAUUCUAGUAUUACUAUUAGGGUUUAGGAAUCUCCAAUCAUCAUCAUUCUUAUUCUUACACUCAGGUAGACCAGUAUCUUUUGUUUUGUCAAGAUUCUUCACGAAAAAAUUAUUUAUCGCUAAAAUUCGUCUCAUAUCCGUAAGUUUUGAAGGAAGUAAUUAUCUCUGAAUCCAGUGCUAGUGCGGUCAUUGAAGCUUGCUAACUAGCUAUACUGUACAUGUACGUACCGGUAUUCUGUAAAUCAUGUCAAUACCAUAACAGUGACACUAAAAAUAAAUGCCUUCAAUCUGCUGUCUGGAGG